AUGAAUCACCACCCUAAAGCAUAUUUCUUAACCCCCUUAUCAAAUUUAGCCAAAGUAACCAAAAAUACAAAUGUGGAUGAAGAGGACGAAGCUAAACCAUUCAGUCUUGUCUCAAUAAGACGAUGGUGGAAGAUUUUAAAAUAAAACCUUGUUGCUGUUGUGCAAGACCAACAAAGAGAAAUUGGAAAGAUUAAUUCAUUUGGCUUUGAUAUUUUAAUAUGUUUAAAUAAAAUACAAAUAAUAUUUACCAUCCUAGAAGUUCAGGUACAAUUCAAUAUGAAAUUAGACAGAAUUAUUGAACUUAACUUUUUUCUUUAUGUUUGCCUUCAAAGUGUUAAUUUAAUGGUUAAAUUAAAUGUUAUGAAUUAAGAUAACUCUAAAUAAAUAAUUCUAAAUUUAGAUCAAGGUGGACGUUUUAUUUAACUGCAAUACUGUGAAAAUAAGUAAUGAUUUAAGUAAUUAAUAAUAAAAUAAUAUUUUGGGAUUGAUACUAUACCAUAAGUAUAGUUAAUUAAAUUAAUAAAAAUAGAACAUUAAAACUUAAUAUAAAUAAAUCCUAUUCAUUUAGCUCAUUGUGUUGCUCUUCCUUAAAUUCUUAUAAGGUUGAAAAUAGAUAUGAAUUCAAAAAAAAAAAUUGAUGGCUAAGUACUGAAAGAUUCAAUCAAAGUAAAAGCGAAGAUUUUAAUUAAGAUUAAAUAAAUGAAUAAAGUAUUGAAUAAUCAUUAAUAAAUAUAGAUUGUAUUGAUCAUGAUAUAUCAAAAUAUUUUAGUAAGGAAUCACUUUGAAAUAUUUUAAUGCUAAGUAUUUGUUAGGCAUGAAAUAUUUAUGGUUUAAAUUGAUGGUUUAGGAGUUCUUAGUACUUAACAAUCUCAAAAACAAUCAUAAUAUAAAAUAAUAAAGAUUCAUCAGCGUAUUUAUAAAAAGGUAAAUAAUAUUUUAUUUAUAGCUGAUUUACUUUCGGAUUUAGGUAGACAAGAAGAAGCAUAUAAGAAAUAUAAUACAUCAAUUAAAUUUAAUCGUUAAAAUGCAUUGCAUUAAGAACAGAGGUACCUAAUAAUUCUUUAAAUAGCUAUCCUAUUUAAAGAUAUAAACAAUAAUGAAGAAGCUUUCGAAGAUUCUAAUUACUCUAUUUUACUUGAUUCAACUUCAGCUACUUCAUAUAAGAAUAGAGGUAAUUUUGAUAUAUAUGAUUUAGCUAUUUUUUAUAAGACUCUCAAUAAAAAGAUUGAAGCAAUCAAGGCCUAUAAGAAAUCGAUUUAAUUAGAUCCCAAUAUAUCAGAUGCAUAUAUGAAUAGAGCUUAAUUUAAAUAAUUACAAUAGCUGUAAUUAUUUUGGAUUUAGGCAAAUAUCAAAGAUGGAGAAGAAAAUUUAAUCAUAGCUAAAUAUCAUUUUUCUAAAAGAUGUCAUUUUUAUACAACUGGGAAAGAUUGA